UCUGUUUGCUCUGUUCUUUCCCUCGCCAUUAAAGAAAAGGAUCAAGAAGGGAUAGGAUGGAGAGUAGAAGAGCUCCGCGUGGGACGACGAAGGAUCGGAAACCAUCUCUCUUGAAGUGGGGAGAAGCAUGAAGAGGAGUGCAUCAGACUGGGAUCUCGACGAGUUCCUGCCGGAGCUUCUUAGGCCGGUGGAGCUGCCGCCAUCGCAUGACGAUGUUCGGCGGAGCCCGUCGGAUACACCAGAGGGGCUACUCAUCCGCUGGUCGACGUCGAAGAUCAUGGACGGUGUCGGCGACAGUGGAGGCGAUGAUGGAAACAUCGCUGACGUAUUUGGUUGCUUCAGCGAUCAAGAUGCCCCGAGUGGUCACUCUCCCGGUGGUCCAUUAACAGGAAGCCAAAUAUGGUCUCAGAACCAUGCUACAUUGCAUUCCAGUAUUACUGCCACCAUUGAUUCUCAAUCCUCCAUAUGUGUUGGGAGUCCAACUUCCUCUCUUUUGCCUAAAAGUACAGAAAACCAAACCCUAGGAGGAUCAAGUGGAUCAGACCAGUCAGAUGAAGACUCUUUGGAGACAGAAGCAGGAGCUUAUGAGCAUGGUACAAACACUACUGAUUUAAAGCGCAUGAGAAGGAUGGUGUCUAACCGUGAGUCGGCCAGACGAUCAAGAAAGAGAAAGCAGGCUCAUUUGGCUGAUCUAGAACUGCAAGUUGAUCAACUCAGGGGAGAAAAUGCCUCUCUAUACAAACAACUGACAGAUGCAAGCCAACAUUUCACUGAAUCAGUUACAGAUAACCGGAUUCUCAAGUCUAGUGUAGAUGCCUUAAGAGUAAAGAUGAAUAUGGCCGAGGAAUUGGUCACCAGAGGCUCCUUAACAUGCAGCCUCGAUCAUCUUCUUCAAACCACCAUUAAUUCCUCCCACUUACCAAACACUCGUCAAUUCUCGCCUGUUAUCGAAUUUCCGGAAAAUGACGGUUUCUUCGUGGACUCAUCGCUGGCUGCUCAAGCUCAGAACAUCGAUGUACACGUGGCUGGGGCGAAGAAUGGAAGUCUAAGAAGCCAGAGUCCACCAUUGCCAAGCCUCACAACCAUAAAUAAUCUGCAGAGCAGAGUUAAUGGUGACAUUUCAAGCUGUGGAUCUGAUAUCUGGCCUUGGGACUCCAAUGCUAAUGUUAUUUCUAAGCAGCAGUAGCUUUACAGACUGCUGCUUCGCAAUCAAUACUUUUAAGGUCAUGUUUGCCAUUUUAUAAGGUUUAUUAUGCAAAAACUUAUAAUAAUAGAACUUAUUUCUAUCUUA